UGUGAAAUUUGCAAGAUGGCAGAAAAUGAACCGGACUCCCCUCCGUCGCCAUCGAGCGGAGGAACAGCCAACGUCCCAUGGAGCGUGCGCAUCCACGAUAAGCGCGCCAAGGCCUUCCGCUUUACGACUGUGACGGACAUUGCGCUGCUACGUGAGGUGAUAGACCACAAACCAUGGGCCAGUUCGCAUGGAGACAUGGCUAAGACGUGGGAAGUUGUGGCUGCGGCGUUCAAGCGCAUCGUGCCCUGGUCCACGAACGAUGGGCGGGCAUGCAAGCGCCGCUACCUGGCGCUUAUUGAGGCCUACGGUUCGGAGAAGCUUCAGAAGCUGCGGGGCGCCGGAACUCCGGCCAUGAACGCCGAGCGCGCCAAGUUAUUGGCCCAAUGCCAGUUAAUGACGGAUGAAGACCACAGAAGACGUAAGGCAGCUAAAGAAUCGGAACGACAACCUCCCGUGGCCCAGUUGGCACUGCAAGAUGCAGCUAGACUGUCCAAUAAUGGCAGAACGGACUUCAGUGCCAUGACCGAAGAGGAAGCUGCGACCAGAGCAGAAAAUUCGGUCACACCAACGGGAGAGCACUUGACUCAGUUGCUCAAUGACCCGAGAGUGGUGCUGCGUCAACGGGAGUUGGAGAUUGAAGAGAGACGAAUCAAACUCGAGGAGCGACGAAUCAAGUUGGAAGAGGAAAGGUUCGAGCAGCAACGACAAACAGCAGAGAAGCAAAUGGAGAUGAUGGCCGCGCAAACGAACGUGUUGCUCAAGCUGGCGGAGAAGUUUGCUGGUCCUACCGAGCUCUGAGUGCUCAGCUGACUCAGGAUUAACACUGUGAAUAUUUUUUUUGUGCCCGUAACUUGACUUCAUAAUGAGGUUUGCUAGGCUGCAUGUACGUUAAGGUCGAGUUUUCUGCCGAGCUGUGCACUGGCACGUUCUUGUUUUUGGCGUUUGAUCUCCUGAUGAAUGUGCAGUUGGGAGGAUUUCUUGACCUGCUUACGGCGUCGUAGGGCUCGAUCAGCUUCGCUUUCGAGGUGAUCGUAGACCUCACGAAGCCGUUGAGUUUGUCGGUAACAUCGCAUUUGAUCUCGCUCUGCCUUAUCGUCAUUUCUUAGCUGAAUAGCGCGUAAUUUAUCCUCAAAACGAAGCUGCUUGAGUCGCCUCUGUGCAAGUGGAAUAUUGUAAGCUACAGUAUCGGUAAGUAAAAAUAAAGGGAAUGAGAACGUACAAGUUCUUGAACGCUCCGUUGUUUCAGAGUGUCUUGGACGAGGUUG